AUGCGCGAGUGGCAUAGUCCGAAUAAUUUACAGGCCAGAAGUUACAUCCAAAAAGACGUGGAAAAUCAUACAUUGUGGCAGCUUGCUGCAUUUAGCUGGUCUCCGCUUGGUUACCAGGCCUUGCUGAAUAACGGUCUUGAAAAAGAGGCUGGAGACUACAAGCGUUUCCUUCUGCAGGUCAAGCCAAAUGCAAUUAGAGAGGAUAUGUUUGUUGGAAGCCUUAAUCUCAUUUCAUCAAUGAAGACCAGGGCUUCUCUUGUCCCACCUUUCUCGGUCUGUCGGGAAGGAGAAUUACAAUUUACUCAUUAA